AAUUUUUCAAAAUGGCGGAUGCAUCAAGAUUCAUGGCAAUGAAACUUAUCGUAAUUUUUCCUCAUUUCUGCUGAGUUCGUAGAUGAACUUUAUUUUUCUAAGAUUUUAUCCAUGUCUCCUACAAAUUUAACACUCACGAUGGACUGAAGUGUGGCUCUUGCUGGACACAAUAUGAAGCACAACACGGUCGGACAUCAUGCCCUCUCAUUCCUCUCUUCAUUUCGUCCUGUGAAAACCAUCCCGGCAAGAUGUCUUCACGGCCGGACAUUUUCUAAAAGGAGAUCACUUUAUGAUGUCCUGGAUGUGCCGCACUCCGCCACACAGGCUGAAAUUAAAGCCGCGUAUUAUGAACUGUCGCUGAAAUAUCAUCCAGACGUGAACAAGAGCAAAGAAGCCCAGCAUACGUUCACAGGUUUGUUAGCAUACAAAAUUUGUUUAUAGUCGAUAGGUAAGGAGGUAAGGGGGCAGACAAGCUAAUGAGACCCACGUGGUAGAAGCUCUCUGUGGCAUGAGGCUCCUUGUAGUCUUUUGGACCAUUACAGUUAAUAUCUGCACCCCUCCCUCUCUCGGUGGUGAACAAACCCGUACGAAACUUGCAGCGCUGUACAGCGCCACAAAAUCGCUUCAAAAUAGCGGUACAGCUAAAUUAAAGCUGUUUAGCAGCAUUUUAGAAGCCAAACAGCAGCUUAAUUCAAGUUGCAGCGGGAUGCAAAAGUGCUGUGCAGCCUCUGAAGCUCUCGGAAGCAGUUUUGCAGCACAGUUGCCAACUUUCAAAAGCUGCAAAGUAGCUGCCAUGAGCUGCAGUAACGCUACAAUUCAGCUGUGCUUGAUCUGAUAGCACAACGUUCUUGAGAUAACAUGAAUCACCAGAAAAGCCUUGCCACAGAUUACGGCUUUUAUAACGAGAAAACUUUGACUGUACCUCUAAGAAAUGUGAGUAAGCUUGUGCGUAGGGAAGAUCACUUAUUGAAUAAACCUCCAAAUUCUAUGCUUUUGGAAUCAAAGAUUUCAAUAAAUUUCAUUCCAUGACUGGCGAGUGUGGGAAUGUUAUCGCUAAUUCCCUGGAGACACUCUAGGCUGUAAUCUAAUUGGUCGGCACUUUUAGAUAAGAUCCCAUUUCAUCUCUAGACACAUUUGUGACCGUUGAAUGAAAGGCGCAAACAUUCAUACAAAUUUGUAAGUUUUUUGCAUCUAGUUCUGUUUCGAGAUGGAAGUUCUGUUGAUGAUUUUGGAUGGAACAGCUCAAAGGUAUUUGUAAACAACAGCACUGUACAGUGAAUUUUACGCGAAGUACCGACGAAUUGAACCAGAGCGAGCAACACAGAUACAAGAAUCUUAGCUGGGGUGCGCAUCCACUUACAAGAUUCAAACGUUCACGAUAAUGUAUGUCCUCAGUCCAUUGUAAAAUUUAACGACGACCAAAGUAAGAUUGGCUUGAUUUCUUUCACGAAAAAAGUGUUGCAGAUCGUGGAUCAUGUACAAAAUGUCAAGGUGAGCGAUGUCAGGCUUAACGUGUUGCAAAGAGUCAAAAUAUCAUUUGGCUGCUGUCCGGUGUAAACUUUAUGUAGAAAAAUCGCUAUUAUUCUCUUUAUUUUUUAAAAAAGAUAACCUUCAAUGUCUGCAUGUUAAUGCCAGUUCUUACGUUUAGAUGAGUGACCGUAAUUGCUGAAUAUUAUUUUACAAAGUGAGACUGUUGCAGAUUUGUUAUAUGUCACCUGGUUUUGUAACGUGUACGCGUGGAUACUAAUAAAGUAUCAGUUGCAUUUUGACUUUCUAGUGGUUUUUACUCCUCCUAAGGCCUUGUCAACUCCUCUACCAUGUCUCAUGAUUAUUGUAUUAUUGAAGUCUGAAUUUCUUUUUCUUUUUUGUACUAACGAGUGGUAGGCCAUUACUGAUAACAACAUUCUUUGUCUUUUUGAAGCCACUUUGUAGCCACUUUGCAGCGCAGAUCGUGAUUCGGGAAUUUUCUGCACUGCUGCAACAGCGCUGUUUAUCGCUGUCAAAGGGCUUUCCACUGCAGCGCGAAACAGCCAAAAUUUGCUACUGCUGCAGCCAGCACUUUUACAGCUCUUUUGUAUUGCUUCUUGAAGUCAUUCUGCAGCGCUGCUCGUUUCGUACGGGAAACACUGACCCCAGUCCAUGGACUACCCAUAUCGAUUAUCCUAAAAUCGACCAUCCCACUGAAGUCUAGUGAUUUAAGGUCAGGAAACGGAGUGAAUUAGGUUCCAUUUGGGAAACUGACCUGAAGCUUGAUUCAAUCAGUUUCCUAACCCAAAUCACUAAUCUUCAGUGGUGUAGUCCAUUUUAGAUUAGUCCAUAUGGGUAGUCCGUGGGGUAGUUCAUGGACUGGGGGUCAGUGUUUGCCCACCACCCUCUCUCCCAGUGAUGUAUAGAGAAAUCCUAGGGUAGAGCAGGAUGGUUAACAAGUCGUUCCUGAAGAGGUAGCUAUUUCAACAAGUUUGGUCAAAAGAAACAUCCCCCUUUCUCUGAAUGAGAGACUGUUCUGUUGUGGCUUUGACCCUUUUUUUCCUAUAAGGGGAAAAACUCUAAGAGGGUUUAAUUUACAGGUGUGCAGUUGUCAGACCUGGGUUCUUCUUGACAUUCCUGCACUUUUAGUUAGAAAGCAUUGUUAACUCUUUCAGCCCCAAUAACCUCAUACAAAUUUCCUUCACUUUUCUCCAUACAUUUUUUUAAUGGACUCAUUUAGGGAAUUUGUUUACAGAUAAAAGCAGUUGGUGAUCAUGGAAUUUUGAUGUAUUGAUGUUGUUAAGAGAAAAUUUAUGUUGGCCACUCUUAAGACUUGAAAUGUUAAAGAAAUUAUUUAUUAUAAUUUUAUAUUUUAUGGUGCACCUUUUCUAAUAAAUAAUCAUAAGGACACAUGUCUUAAUUGGUAAGCUCUAUUUGAGGUUAAAAUUGCAGGACAAGGAAAACUUAACUGCUGAUUGUUUCAUGCAUUUUGUUUGGGCAUCAUUAAAGGCAUGAUAUUUGGGUGGUUCUACAUAACAUUAGUUUCUGAUGAGCUUUUUUUGUUUAUAUAAUAUAAUAUAUUUUAUAUAUUUUUCAGAACUGACCAAGGCAUACAGUGUGCUUAGUAAUUUGAAUUCAAGGAGGGAGUAUGACAAAGAAAUUGGUGCUUACUUCACUAUGAGGAGUGUAAAGAAGAAAGAAGCUGGCGAGAAGAUGCUACGACUGACAGAUGAAAUGUUAGAGAUUGAUAUGAAUGGGACAAGAGAGGUAACAGUAUUUUGCUAAGUUGUUUUUGGUGUUAAAUGUACGUAUAGUAUCAAACAUUUCUUUCAGUUAUUUUAAUUGAAAACCUCAUUAAAUUAGGAAAGAUACUGAAAUGUAUAUAUUUUGGUUCAAAUUUUAUCCCUGGUUUAAAUUUUAUUACCCUUUUUUGGGGGGGGGGGGGAGGGGGGUAUGGGCAUUAAUGUAUGAUAAUGAGUAUAAAACAAAAAGAAGUAAAAUUUAAACCAAGGAUAAAAUUGAACCACAACAAAUGUAUGCUGUACAUUGUAAAACUCAGAAAGCAGUGGAAAGAUGGGAAAUCUUACUCACUCAGGAUUUUCUGCCUUGGUCCCACAAGAAAAAAAGUUAUCUUUUUGGCGUAAAUCUUUUAUUUGCCAUUGGCACAUAUCACAGAAUACACCGUGUUUGCCCCCCGAACUUUUGCAUAACCUCGGUUUUUUAUUCCUCCUGGGUAUUUGAGUGGUCCGAAGGGAAAUUGAAGACAAUACUUAUGCAAAAUUUUGGGGGGAAAAUAAGGUGUAUUAUGGGAGGUAUGCACAUGGUGAAUUGACAAUGCUGGUUUGAUCAAGAUGGCUGGAUGAUGGCCUUGUUCUUUUUUGUGUUCUUACUGGCGUUGACUUUUAUUCGGUCCAUAAAAAUGCAAAUAAAAAGAACUUUCGCCAAUAUCCAGCCAUCCUGACCUCAUGAUUGGUCAGUAAGGCCCAGUUCAAACAUUGAAAUUUUUACGUCCUGAACUUAAUACCUAUAAUUAUUCAGGUCAAGCAUUCAUGUUCGACAGUUGAUUCAGAUGUCCUACGAUGUACAAUGGUGUACAUGUACAUUGCUUACCAUGGAAAAUAUAUUGUAGUGAUAAUGCAUUAGGUUUGGCACAUAACAAGUUUGACGUUUGAAACCUAGUCGCUCCACAAUCAAAAUUCUCAUGUGUACCACUCUUUAUGCGUUGAAUUAUAUAGGUUGGACUUCAAACAUUGAUCUCCUCAUGUAUUUAUUUGAAGGGAUCAGGUUCAGUACAUGAAAAGUUCAACCUUUGAACUGGGCCUAAAGUUACGCAUAUAUGAUAAUAUGUAAAAGAAAAUCUCUUUAACAAGAGUAUUCAACGGGUUGUUUUUGUUUUCUCUUUUUCACACCAGAGUGGAAUAUUUCUCAGCACCAUUGCAACUCUUAGCACUGUAAUGGGUGUCCCAGUAAGACUGACCAAUGUAUCUGUUCCUAAUGGUGGUCUCCAGUCACAUGACAUGAGAGUGCUUCAGCUUCUGCGCAUGAUCUGCAAUGGAACACUGGCUGCAAACACAGGACUGUCCACUGUGACAUACAUCCCUGGAGAGUUGCUGAGUGGGCACUUCUCAGCUGAAGCUGGGAGAUUAGGGUAUGUUGCAAUAUCCACAUACAAAUUCUUGUGUCUGAUUCCAUACAUUUCCUUUAAUGAUCACUGAAUUUUUCGUUUUGACUCUCAUAACCUUCUUGCUUGAUUAUGUAUUGGUAUGGUUAGGAGAAAAUCGAUGUUGGUCAUUAUACAUGUAAAAAGAAAGUAGCAGGUACAAUGACAUGUUUAAAAUCGGGUGCUACAGACACGGAGGGAAAGGGGUACAGUGUCUGAAAAACAGAUUACUCUGUACCUGUAUCAAAGUGCAAAGAAAAUGAAUUUUGCAGGUCAUUCUUUCUCGGCAAGGAUGUGCCAAACAUUUUUACUGAUUAAUUGAACUGACAAUGAUUACAUUGUAUUACCAAUUACAUCCCUCAAAACUAAAAAUUUAAAAAUGUGGUCCUGACUAGCUCAGAUAUAAAAUCUGCCAGCCUGAGGCUACAGUGCAUAUGUGCGUAUGUAUUCCACUAACCUCAUUUUGUAGCGAGGCCUUACAUGUCUCUUCACUUUUUUACACCGCCAGUGUAAGAUGAAAUUGAAAUGGACAGACGGCCAAAACGUCGCAAUCUGUUAAAAACAUUUUAAUCAGAGACAUUUCUUGCAAUGGCCUUUCUUCUGUCGAGUCCUACUUGUUUUAAUGAAAAAUGCACAUUCAGCAAUUCCAUUUGCGUGAUCGUCGUCGCCUCGCGUGACAUCCAAGUUUAUGGCGACCACUGACCGUGUCGAUAAUUUGUUUGUUGUUUGUCUUUCUGUGACAAAGAGGGGGAUCUUUUAAUGUUUGGUUACCAGCGUUAAUAUACAUAACGCUUCACAUGGGCCCAUCAUAGUCAAGUCUUACUGGUCGGCGGACUUCAACGUAUUUUCCGCAGAGUUUGCGUGAGGAUAAUCACGAUCCAGGUCACGAACAUUUCUGUAUACAGAUACAAACAAUCAACAACGAUGGCGUCUGAUUCAGAAAAGAAAGCUAGCGUGAGAGAGGACCAGUUGGUCUUUAUGCGAGAUGUUGUAGCAGGCAGCGUGUUUUUGUUGCUGGUAGCUCUUUUAGCAGUCUACGGUCCUAUACCAAGACCUCAUUUGCCAAGUUUGGAAGACAAACUAGUUUUCACGCUUCAGUGGCAAGCUGUUUCUGCUUUUGCUCUUAUUGCAGGUAAGGAUGUUUAACUUUUUAAAUUGGUAACUUAGCUAUUGCAGAGAUCUGAUAACUGCAUUUUAAAUUCAUUUGUGAGUGUACGUUUCUUGCUUUUUUUAUGUGUGUGUGUGUGUUUUGUUUUGUUAAUUAAUUUCAUGACUGAAGGAACGUGAGUGCGUGCAUGUACAGGUAGAAGUGUAUACCUGUAUAAUAAGCGUCCUCAACAUCGUUUCUUCGUGUCCUUACUGCUGGAAAAUUUGCAAUGUCCUUAGUCCUUAUCACCAUUUCCCCUUUGUUCAUCGUAUAAUUAUGUUUCGAACCUAUUUUGUUCGGGUGAAACUCAGUUGUCGCCCAGACUCAGAGAUUGCGUGACACAUGGUAUGUUUUAUCCUACUGAUGAACAGUUGGGACACGUAGAUAUAUUUUUUAGCAACUACUAUAAUUUGCAGUCUGUCUACUUUGAAUUAUCAUACGUGCAUGUAGCUGUAGUCAUAACCAACAACUCCAUGAAUUUGUGUUUGCGAUAUUAAUUUCUUGUUGAAGAGUUCAAUUUCGAAGUCAUUUCCAAAAAUAUCUUCUUUAAUGGUCUUUAUGAUGGUGUGCUGUAGCUCAUUUGCAAUGCAUUGGACAAGUUGAAAACUUGUUCAAUUCAGUGCAUAUGUAACAUCGUUGUUUAUUUGAAUCUGACUACAGGUCUGGUGUGGGUAGAAGCAACCCGAGCACUUACAACGGCAAUUAAUCCUCUGGACAAAGACGCAGAGAAACAGAAUCUCAGUGGGGUAGCUCCUCGUUACGCAUCCAACACACUUGAGCAGUACCUACUGAGUUCUGGAGCAUCAGUCAUUCUGUCAACUCAUCUGUCAUCUGAAAACAUGCAUGUUAUUCCAGUGCUGGUGAUUCUCUUCAUGUUUGGUCGCAUCACGUUCGCUCUUGGGUACAAGUACUAUCAUGCUCAUCGGGCAUUUGGGCAUAUGAUCACAACCUUCCCGACUGUUUGUGUUUACGUGUAUUGUGUCUACCGCCUGGUCAUGAACAACGUUGGUUACAAUAGAAGCAGGCAGGUUUGAUUUCAUCCAAAGUGUCAAGUGUAGCAGUUCAAAGUUUAUACUAUCCCACCUAGUUUGCUGAGAGUCUCCUUGGUAUCAAGAUGGAUUGUAAUUCUUUGUAAAAUUUAGAGAAGAAGAUAAAGUCACAUAAACAUGCAAAGAAGAAAGCUGAACUGUUAAAAUGACAACUUGGCAUUUCAUUUUUAAGAUGAAGGCUAAAAAAACACCUGUUUCACAGAGACUCGUAACUGUAGUGAAUUAAAAUCAUUACAUGCAUGAACGAUCUAAGAGCAAUGUAUAUGUAUAAUUAUUCAUCAUUGACCAAGCAUUAAGUUGGCUGCCCUAUUGGCCAAAUUGUUUUGUUAUUUUCAUUUCCGCAGUUCAUAUAUGAUUACUUCACAUAUCAUUAACACUCAUUUCUUUCACGGGAGCAUACGAACCAACAAUUGACCUGCUACCAACGUCAGUGGCUUCGUAGCUCAGUUGGCAGAGCCUCGCACCGGUAUCGCGAGGUCACGGGUUCAAACCCCGUUGAAGUCCUGAAUUUUUUUCAGGCUUCCUUACGCAUUUGCAUAAAUUGCGUUCACUGCGACGAUCAUUUCUUCACUUUCAUUUGUUUUGUUAUUGUUGUUGAAGUUGCUGUUUUUAUUGCGUUUUUUAUGGCCAGAACAAGCUAUUGUCAAUAAAGGAUCAAUUAUCUGCUCUUAAAUUGUUUUUUCUGAAAGGGACAAAGCAGGCAAGGUAGACUUAUACCCAUGGUAUACUACGCGACUUGAAGUUCUGAUCUGUCUAUCCAACAUGAUGCCCAUCAAAUUGGUACAAUUUAUCUUGCCGUACUGUCUGUCUAAACCUUCGGAUAAACCGGCAACAAAAACGUGCAACUUGUUUGCAGCAUUGCUGUACCACAUUCACCAGUGUGUUUUAUGUUUCAGUAAUAAUGCUCAUCAGAUCCUACUCAGGACAUCUUCCCUCCUCCCUCCCCAUCCCACAAAAUGUACCAUGAUUAAGGAGAAGUCAGAUCAGCUGGGGUCAACUCAGAAAAGUAGUGUGUUUGUUGUUUCUCUUUCUGUGACAAAAGUGUUUACCAGCGUUGAUAUACAUAACGCUUCACAUGGGCCCGUCAUAGUCAAGCCUUACUGGUCGGCGGACUUCAACGCAUUUUUCAUAAAGUUUACGUGAGGAUAAUCACGAUCCAGAUCACGAACAUUUCUGUGUGCAGAUAAAAACAAUCAACAACGAUGGCGUCUGAUUCAGAAAAGAAAGCUAGCGUGAGAGAAGACCAGUUACUCGCUAUGCGAGGUAUUGUAGCAGGCAGCGUGUUUUUGUUGCUGGUGGCUCUUGUAGCAGUCUACGGUCCCAUACCAAGACCUCAUCUGCCAAGUUUGGAAGACAAACUAGUUUUCACGCUUCAGUGGCAAGCUGUUUCUGCCUUUGCUCUUAUUGCAGGUAAGGAUGUUAGACUUUUUAAAUUGGUAACUUAGCUAUUGCAGAGAUCUGAUGACUACGUUUUCAAUUCAUUUGUAUGUUUACGUUUCUUGCUUUUUUUGUUGUUGUUUGUUUUUGUGUUGUGUUGUGUUUUGUUUUGUUUUAUUAACUAACGUGAGUGCGUGCAUGUACAGGUACAAGUGUAAACCUGUAUAAUAAGCGUCCUCAGCAUCGUUUCUUCGUGUCGAUACUGCUGGACAAUUUGCAAUGUCCUUAGUCCUUAUUACCAUUUCCCCUUUGUUCAUCGUAUAAUUAUGCUGGAAGCUAUUUUGUUCAGGUGAAACUCAGUUGUGGCCCAGACUCAGAGAUUGCGUGACACAUGGCAUGUUUUUUCAAACACGCAUGUAGCUGUAGUCAUAACCAACAACUCGAUGAAUUUGUGUUUUCGAUAUUAAUUUCUUGUUGAAGAGUUCAAUUUGAAGUCAUUUCGAAAAAAUAUGUUCUUUAAUGGUCUUUAUGAUGUUGUGCUGUAGUUCAUUUGCAAUGCAUUGGACAAGUUGAAAGCUUGUUCUAUUCAGUGCAUAUGUAACAUCGUGCAUUAUUUGAAUUUAACUACAGGUCUGGUGUGGGUAGAAGCAACCCGAGCUCUUACAACAGCAAUUAAUCCUCUGGACAAAGACGCAGAGAAACAGAAUCUCAGUGGGGUAGCUCCUCGUUACGCAUCCAACACACUAGAGCAGUAUCUACUGAGUUCUGGAGCAUCACUCAUUCUGUCAACUCAUCUGUCAUCUGAAAACAUGCAAGUUAUUCCAGUGCUGGUGAUUCUCUUCAUGUUUGGUCGCAUCACGUUCGCUCUUGGGUACAAGUACUAUCAUGCUCAUCGGGCAUUUGGACAUAUGAUCACAGCCUUCCCGACUGUUUGUGUUUACGUGUAUUGUGUCUACCGCCUGGUGAUGAACAACUUUGGUUACAAUAGAAGCAGGCAGGUUUGAUUUCAUCCAAAGUGUCCAUUUGAAUGUUCAAGUGUAGCAGUUCAAAGUUUAUACUAUCCCACUCAGUCUGCAGUGCAGAGAGUCUCUUUGGUAUCCGGAUGGAUUGUAAUUCACUGUAAAAUGUGGAGAAGAAAAUAAAGUCACAUAAACAUGCAAAGAAGAAAGCUGAACUGUUAAAAUUACAACUUGGCAUUUCAUUUUUAAGAUGAAAGCUGAAAAACACCUGUUUCACAGAGACUCAUAACUGUAAUGAAUUAAAAUCAUUACAUGCAUGAACGAUCUAAGAGCGAUGUAUAUGUAUAAUUAUUCAUCAUUGACCAAGCAUUAAGUUGGCUGCCCUAUUGGCCAAAUUGUUUUGUUAUUGUUGUUGACGUUGCUGUUUUCAUUGCGUUUUUCAUGGCCAGAACAAGCUAUUGUCAAUAAAGGAACAUUUAUCUACCCUGAGAUUGUUUUUCUUACAGGUACAAAGCAGGCAAGAUAGUCUUAUACCCAUGGUAUACUACGCGACUUGAAGAUCUGAUCUGUCUAUCCAACAUGAUGUCCAUCAAAUUGCUACAAUUUAUCUUGCUAAACUGCCUGUCUAAACCUUCGGUUAAACUGGCAACCAAAACGUGCAUCUUGCUUGCGGCAUUGCUGCAAAACGACAUGAAAAGCGACAAUGCGCGUAAUACCACGCCCACCAGUAUGUCGUAUGUUUCAGUAAUAAUGCUCAGGACAUCUUCCCCCCUCCGUUCCCAUCUCACAUAAUGUACCACGAUUAAGGAGAAGUCAGAUCAGCUGGGUCAGUUCAGAAAAAUAAUAUGUACAUUCAAAUACAAAGUGUAGCUUUGGUUUUGGAAUUUGAAGACAGUGAGCGUGGUUGUAAAAAAUUUCACUUGUAAAAGUUUUACCAAACUGACCUUAAGUUGUCGUGGAGGAAUAUAUUUUUUAUCAUAACUAUUCUUCCUUUGCCGUAGGCUGUUGUUAUGCUCGUUGCCGGAUAUUUUGUGAUCAAUUGAACCUUUGAUUGGAGUUGUUUUUUGUGUGUGUGCUACUUACAGACUUGACAAUUAGUAAGCUAAGGUAAAAAAAAAAAAAUCAUAGUAAUUAGCUUCAUGGAAAGGAAGGAACGAAUAUUAAAAUGAAUUUACAGAAGAUAUGUGACCUAUAGAUUUUUAUGAAAAUAAGCAACAAUCGGGGUCAAAAUUGUUGAGACAUUGUACUCAAAUAGGGUAACUACAAUGAACAAAAGAAUCCACACCUCUCCCCCCUUCCCUUCAUUCAAAGUUGGAGUCUGUUGUUGUUUUCUAUAACACCCUAAGUCAGUGUAAUAAUAAUAUUAUUAUUGGACUACAGGAGUAUUCUUUUAUUAUUAUUAUUUUAUGUGCAGUCAGUUAAGUCGUCUGGUAGCUGCAGUUCUUCCAUGUUUUGCAUUUGUCCCAGUUCCUGAAUUCUCCCACUAUAACAGACUUUACUUGAAAGGUUCAACUCAUCGUUACAAGGAAAUGCAUUCAGAUUACAUCCAGACUGUAAGUUGCCACUAUUUCUCGUUCAUUUGACUUUUCAGAAAGCUGACUAGCUUGGGAAAUAACAGUUCCGCUAAUAUAGUCCCUUUAUUUACCUGAAAUUUGAAAAAUGGCACUCACUGUACUUGAAUGAAUAAAGAGAAAGAGUUUUCGUUUAUAUCAUAAUUAGCCUGCGAACAAGCUCUCCGGGACGAUCUGGUGGCGGGCGGAAAAAGAAGGGAGAGCUUGCAACUAUGUCUCUGGAAUUUGAAUAUCUACAUCGAAAAAGUCGAUGCGAAAUGCUCGUUGGCGGAAGUGACAAUAUUAAUAAUGACGGCAUUACCCCUGGCACGUGCUUUUCAAUGUUUGUUUACAUUCGCGCUCGUUUCCGCUUUGCACUGAGUGGCAGAAAUAUGACAGCUCAGUCGACAGGGAGCCACAGGGGUUGGAGAUGGAAUUCAAAUUCCAGAGACGCAGUUGCAAGCUCUCUUUCCUUUUCCCGCCCCGCUGCCAGAGCGCUUCGCAGAGCUUGUAGCAGGCUAUAUCAUAAUUAAUGUCCAAACGCAUAGAUUUAAACCCCGUGCACACUAAUGCGUUUUCGUUUUCAAACGCGUGCAUUUCAAUGCGUCUAGGCCUUCCGCUUACACUCAUACGCUUAGCGUUUGCGUUUUCAUCGAAAACGCUCUUGAAAGUGGUUCAAACGAAAAUGCAUACAUAUCGUAUUAGUGUGGACUGUCGAAAACCCAACAAAAUCAAAACGAUGACCGAAAAUAUCGCAGGAAGCGUGUGUUUGUAGCAUGCGCAUUGACUUCAACUUUUGUCACAACUGGCAAUUCUAUGGUUUUCGAACGUUUUAGACCCUGUGCACUCCAAUGCGUUCUUCAAAAAAUAUGCGUUUUCAUUGCAUCGAAAACGCAUCGAUCGAUUCGCGUCUACACUACCGUUUUGAUGCGUUUUCUACUGUCUUUAGAAUUGCACGUUGAACUCUGUGGGCAUGCUACAAACUAGCCUGCGUAGCAAGCGUUUCCUCGCGAGGUUCGUCUAGAAAGCUAGGACAAGAGCAAAAAAAGAAUGAAUGACGGGGGAAGGGGGAGGGGAACGAAGGAACCGCUUGCCCGCAAACCCCACGAUUUUGAAAAACUGCGUUCGCCCACGAACGCAGCUUCUGAUUGGCGCGGUGCGGGUAGUGGUAGUGUUGAUUACUUAGCAUUCGAAACAUCAAUCAAACCAGGUAUGCUUUGUUUUCGUGCGUCACAGAUCUGGUCUCAUCUGAUUUGUGGUCGCAGAUUACAAAUGCUUUGGACUGAUAUUUAUUGGAAUCGUGUUUGUGCGAAGGUUUAUGAGAUCAGAGUCUUCAAAGUAUAAUUGGAGAUCGAGCAGUGGAGACUAGGGAAGGCCAAUUUAUUGAGAAUGACGGCGUGCGGAUCUGACUGGAAAAAAUGGACUGUUUGUUGGAGAUAACAUCAACAUCAGAACAUCGGUACUCGACACUAGCUAAAGCCGCGACAAGCGAUUUGUCAGCUUUUUGAAAUGAAAAGAUUCUUUUUGUUAAUUGGAAUUUUAGCGGCAUCUAUUGUAGAGAACGUUUCGACACAGGCUGAAGAGCAGCCGCUCUGCAAAACUUAUACCCGGCGGAGUGAAUUGUUCCGGACAAAUCAUUUUUGUCGUGUCGACAAGGUUUCAGACGAAAUAAAGCCACACAAUAAAAAACAAGAAAUUCCGCAGCAAUCACUCAUAGUUUUAACUUUCUUUUAUCGCAAAUCUUUUUUAUUACAGUUCUUGCAAUCGCCUGCCACGUGUUCGAUUAGAGAACAAAGUAAUUUUACAAAUCUGGUAAUCCAGGGGUAAUCUGUUCGUUAUGUUUAUAUUUUGACGAGCUGUCAAUUUACAAAUGAACCGAACCGUGCGUUUUCCAGAAUCGUGGGGUUUGCGGGCAAGCGUUUCCUCUUCUCCUCUCCCCCUCCCCCUUCAACCUUUUUUUUGCUUCCGCUCUUAACUUUCGCGCAAUAACUCGAUUGGAAACGCUUGCUACGCAGGCUAGCUGCAAACGCACGCUCCCUCGAUAUUUUCGGUCAUCGUUUUCAUUUUGAUGCGCUUUCGACCGUUCACAUUAAAACGAUAUACGUGCGUUUUCGUUUUGAUCCACUUUCAAGAGCGUUUUCAAAUCGAUGCUUUUCGUGAAAACGCUUAGGAAAUCAGUGUGGACGGAAGGCCAAAACGCAUCAGUGUGGACGAGGCCUUAGUGCGGACAAUCGAAAACGUAUUAAAACUAGAGUGCGGACAAGAAUCGAUGGAAGCGUUUUUGGAGGCAUCGAAAAAGCAUACUUUUGAAAACGCAUUAGUGUGGACAGGGCGUUGAUUACAGCAAUGGCUAGCGUAAUUUGGACAUAAAUUUUGUUUGCUUUAGGAAGCAGCGUUUUAAAACAAGCCAAAAUGGAAAUACGGGAGUAUGUGUAUUGGAUUACAGAAUGGCACCCUGAUUUAGCCAUAAUGAGAGGGUUUUAGAGCACUGUUUCAGGACUUUACUGUAGUUUUUUUACCCAUUCCUCUCACUACCCGGGCAGAGAUCUUGUCUUUGAAAGUCUUUAAUUAAUAUUUCAUCAACUUUUAGUUUCAUGCGAUAUUAGGCUGUUAGCGAUUCUCUGUAGACGUUGCUACCUUACGCACUAAUCCUUGGCACUUAUAAUAACCUUGAUCAUUUUAAAAGUGGUGUAAUAUUGCGGCUUAAUUGUUGUUCAUCAGAUUUGUUAUUUUUACUUCAGGUUAUACAGCCGUUUAUCAGAAAAUUUGGAUUUGACUUUGGUUAUGAUAUUCGUAAAAGGUACUAAUAAAUAUGGUGAAAUGGUUGUGAUGUGGCUAUUGCAACUUAAUGUUGGACUUUUACUUCAUGUUCUUCGCUCUUCUAGCCUGGGACCAGGCUCCGCACUGGGGGGAAAAGGAAAAACGGGGUCAAAUAGGAAAAAUAUCGGCGAGCGAAGCGAGCCCAGCGGUAGUCUGGGGAGGGAAAAGUGGCCAGACAUCUCUUGGCUCGCUUCCGACUCGCCGAUAUUUGUUUUCCUUUUUCCCCCAAUGCGAAGCAUGGUCCCAGGCUAUUGCUCUUCUUAGUAUACAGGUGCCAAUUGGUGCACUUUCUUUCUUUCUCACUUUCUUCCUUUUCCCCUUUCGUUUUCUUUAAAAAAAUUCAAAUGGGGAUUUUUUCGCAACGAGGACGACUGCACAACUCUACGACUUUAAAUGUCCUAAAUAACAAACUUGAAACUCAGCAAAGACUUUUAAGUCUUAAAAACUUCUAACACGUUUUCCUUUUCAAGCGCUUCUCCUUUUUGUACAUCUUCAAAUGCGCUUGUUUCAAUAAUACCAGGGAUUUUCACUUCUAUUUCCUUCUUUUUCAAGUUUGUGAAUAUCUCAUACUUGAUAGGCGACAACCAUUUCCGGCAGUCUUCGGAAAUCUUUGGUAGUCUUUAGAAAUCGUCUGAAAUGAUCGGGAUUUGUUGGAAAAUGGCCGAAAACGGCUUGAUAUUCGAAACAAAAUUCAUAUAUUGGCCUCAGAUGCCGAAGAUGUCUACACGCGUUAGCUGUUUCGAAAACCUUUGUUUUGAAAGAUCUUCAUUUUCAAAAAACUUAACUUGAUAGAGUGUUUUUGAAAAACCUCCGUUCACUCAAAGCCGGUUUUCAACUUUUUAGUUUGGACGGAACAUUGUUCUGUGGGAAGUAUUGGUUGGCAAAGUUUGGGAAGUGCGACCAACAUGAAUUUGUAACAAUCUUACGCUUGCUUGAACAUAUUCUGCCCCUUGUACUUUAUCAGUGUGCUGAAUUUUAAUAUGCCGAAAGUAUUUUUUUGUAAUUUUCGCGUUUUAUUUCAGGAGUUAUUCUCCUUUCUGGGAUGGUAAAGUAUGCCUAGAAAGUCUUCCAGUAUACAGUCUGUCGCCUAUCAAUAUGAUUGAGAGUGGUACUGUAAAGAAGAUAACUGGAUGGACAUUUGUCAGUGGAGAUAAGCCCAUAAGGGUAUGUUUGUGUUGUAUUGUUUUUUGUUAUAUCAGUAUACAUACUAAGAUAUACUCACUGAAAAGC